AUGAUGGAAAAAAAAGACACUUCAUCCAACAAUAUACAACCACCAGCAACACACAGUGGGGCGAUGACCACAAUUUGGGAGUCAUGGUGGAGUCGAUUGAUGAGAACCAAACCAUCCAUAACUGGUACUGAUGUCUCUCUAGAAGGUUCACUAAUAAGUCCUAGUACUCCCUCAGAGCAUACCACCAAUGUAUGCUUAACGACUUUGGAGCUACCUUACCCAUUUAUUUAUCUGUAUUCUAUUCUAUCGCAAGUUAUUAGCAUGUGUGUGUGUGUGUGUGUGUGUGUGUGUGAGAGAGAGAGAGAGAGAGAGAGAGAACCUUCUCUUAGGGUCUACAACCCCACCAGGGAACUAACUCCCUCUAUAAUAUGCAUUAACUUUUUUUUCCUCAACAAUAUGCAAUAA